AUGGGAACCACUAGACAAGAAGAAAACAACAAGCAGCCUACAAGCUACGACUCGAGAGGGCGUGAGGGAAACAUGAGGGCUGGAGGUCGACCUCAGCAGUGGGGGGACGAGGAGGCGUGGGGUAUAGAGCAGAGGGCGUGGUUUGACACGUCAACCACGCCAGCUCAUCUGCUGGUGAGGGACGUGCGAGGCCGGGACGAAGGUAACUACCGGUGCAAGGUGCACUUCAAGGCCUCUCCCUCCUGGACCCAGAGCAUCACGCUAAACAUCAAAGAUCCCCCGGGGUUCCCCAGGAUUCAGGACGAGUCUGGCCGGAGACUGGAAGGUCCUAUCGGUCCUUACGAGGAUGGCUCCACUGUCAGGAUGAUGUGUCUCAGCUCUGGAGGGUAUAAUAUGGGGCAGUCUGUUGACAGCCGUAAAAACUGA